GAAAGGACGUACUAGAGAAGAACAAGUCCAUGCUCUCAGGGGAACUAAAGGAGCCACUAAAGGAGGCCCUAGAGAAGGUAUUAGAUGUAGUACUGGUGGUAGUGAAGAAACUAGUGGUGGGGGUGACGAGUAAGAAGAAUGUGAAUGGGAAAAGGGAAGCUCAGGAGGCACUAACGAAGGCAAUGAAAGGACUGGAGACGGCUAAGGGGGACCUAGAGAAUGGGCUGAAUGGGAAACUAGAUGAGGCUAAGUUGAAACUAGAGAGUCUGUCAAAGAAAGAUGGUAAAGGAUUGCUAAAGGAAAUGUGGGAUGCAAUUAGAGAUGAGACAGAGAAAUCACUAUCAAAUUUCAUUGAAGUGUCCAUAGGGGAACUACAACUAGAUCCUGGUAAGGAUAGGGCCAGUGAGUUCAUCCAUAAGUAUUACACUAGUAUUAAAAGCAAUGAUACCAAGGUCAUAACGACACUGAUAGACCAGUUGGCCCAGGGACUACAGAAGUGGGUUGGGUGGCAGGAAGGGGGAAACUCAUUCGGCCCCAAUAUUACUCAAAACGGAAUUGCCAGGAAAUGGGCUGCCGGGAAAGCAGGGGAAGAGUAUCGUUCAUCAUAUGAUAAUGACCUUGGUUCAUUGUGUACAUGGACCAAUGUAGUCAAUGGCACCAAAGGUACUACUACUAAUGACCCCUCUAAGGUCCACCUCCUGGCGCGUAUUUUCCUAGGGUCAGUAUGUCUCAUCUGGAGUGGAUUCAGUCAGUUGGGGUUCCUAACGGGUGGAAUUGGGAAGGAUAGGUGGGAGAAGGGUACACUGAGUAGUGAGAGUGAUGGUCUCGGAUCAUUCAUGGCGGCCAUGGGCUAUGACCUGGAGAGGUUGAAUCAGGAAAAGGGACUAGGUGAAUAGUGUAGAUAAGAUGGUAUCCAGUGCAUUAAAGGAGU